AAUUAACUAAAGAUAUUGAGGAACAAAAUUUAACAAAAGAUGAAAUUUUAGUUAAAUAUAAUAGUGAUAUUAAAACAUUAACAGCAACAACUAAAGGAAUUAAAGAUGUUUAUAAUGCUUUUCAAAAUAUAAACAAAAGACCAAUGCAUAAAAGAUGUUGGAAAACUUGCAAUAUUUACAUUUAUGGUUUUCCUAGAACAGGAAAAUCAUAUCUAGCUCAAAUAUUAUUUCCAGAUGCAUAUGAUAAAUCAAAUGAAGAUGGAAAAUGGUAUCCAAACUUUAACAAAAAUAAUGAACAUAAUGUAGUAAUUUAUAAUGAAUUUUCUAGAAGUGAUCUUAAAUAUACAAAGUUAUUAAAUUUAUUAGAUAGACGAGAUUUUUCGAUUCAAUUUAAAGGUGGUAAUGUUAAUUAUGCACCAAAAGUACAAGUCUUUACAGCAAAUUCAUCUCUAAGAGAACAAUAUACUUAUCAUGAAGAUAUACCAUUUGUACAAUAUAGUAAUAGAUAUAAAGUAACAAACAGAAAAUAUUAUGCAGCAGCAAGUGAACGAUUUGAUUAUAUAAUUGAAUAUUUUAAAUUUAGAGAUGAUAAUAAACAACCAUGUAAUGAUGAAUGUUUAUACUGCAAAGUUCGCAGAAUUUUUCACAAAGGAUCAUAUGAUGACUUUAUAAAUCUUAAAUUUGAUAUAGAAUUUAAUAGUAAUAUAACUAUUGAAAAAGCAGAAGAGAUUAUAUAUUAUGAUGAUGGUCAAAUGUUAUAUCAUGAUGAAAGAAAAGAAACAAUAUAUUUUAGAAAAAAUUUUAGAUCUGAUAUUACACAGUAUAUAUUAUCAGAUUAUGAAAUAAUUAAUGGAAAACAUACAGAUAUAAUCCAAUAUCCAUUAAUUAGAAAAAAAUUAAUGUCAAAAUAUCAAUCUGUAGAAUAUAAAGAAAUUAUAAUUAAUC